AUGACCUGCACGAACGACAAAUUAUACCAGUCAUCUGCAUUUGCACCCAGAUUUUUCGUUGUAAUCUACAGUCUUCUCUUUAUUAUAGGGCUUCCGGAAAACAUCGUAGCAUGCUUUUAUUUAUUAUACAACAAAGCCAAUAAAAGACUGACUGAAGUCAAAAUCUACAUGAUCAAUUUGACACUGGCGGACCUGAUGUUCGUUGUGUUUCUUCCAGUCUGGGUCGAUUAUUACAAUAACGGAAGAAACUGGAGAUUAUCCGACCGUGCGUGCGGUUUCUUUGGGUCUCUGUUUUACAUCAACACCUACAGCACUCUCUGCUUCUUGUCACUGAUAAGCUUCAGCCGCUACCUCGCUGUCUCACGGCCGCUGAAAACAGCUCAGACGAAGCAGGUGGUAAGAGCUGUCAUCCUUACCGCUGUAAUAUGGACAGGAACUCUGGGUGCUUCUAUACCUAUUUUGAUCACAAACAGUAACCACACCAAUAAAAGAGAGGACAACAAAACAAGUUGUUUUGAAAAUUAUGUGAAUGACCGGUGGGAUCAGGUUUAG